AUGCCGAAGCAAGCGGAUAUUCGGAUGCAGAUUCCGGGCUGCACGGCUGCGCGUUUCUGGGACGUCGUGUACGAGCGACCUGAGGCUACCGAGCGCUAUCACACGAGGUCCCUAGCCCUGCUUAAGAGGGAUGGGUCCACCUCCACCAGUGUUGGCCCCUGGACUGCUGGCCAGCGCUCCGUCAAUUUCACGAUGCCAUUGAAGCUCCCGGACUUUUUGAAGCGCAUGGUUGGUUUGGAAAGUGUUGCUGUGGCGGAGGUUCAGCGGGUGGUGUGGCAGGGCGGUCUGGGGUCAUUCACCGUCAGCUCCGAAACCAACAUCACCAACAUGAUGGGCGCGGGGCGCUUCACCACCGCAUUACAACUCACCGUCACCGAGCAGCAACAACAGAACCACCCGGCUCCUGCCGCUACUGCUACUGCUACUGCCACCACUGCAACCCCCACCUCCUCCACCGCCCUCAACGGGCGCAUCUCGCCCUUCAUCACCGCCUCGUCUCUGGGACAUGACACCGGAGGCGGCGGCGGCGGUGGUGGUGGUGGCGUUAGAGGGUGCGGUGGCGUAGGAGGUGUUGGUAGUAGUAGCAGUAGUAGUAAAGAGGCGGAGGUGGGGGAGGCGGAGGUGGAUGUGUCCUGUUCCGCUGUGCAGCUGGUGUACAGCGUCCGGUGCGCCGCCGCCUCCAUCCCCUGGCCGAUGUCGGCCACCAUUGAGAACGUCAUGGCGGAGAAGGCGCUGGUGUCCAUGCAAAGCUUCCUUGACUACUGUGCACAGCUCCUGGAGGAGGAAGAACAUCAUCACCGGCGUCACCACCACAACAAACAACAACAAGAACAACAACAGUGCACGGUGGUGGGAGCUGCAGGUGCACCGGCGCUCGAAGGAGACACCGCCGCCACCACCACCGCCACGACCAUAACUACAACCACCACGGGCGCGACGGCGUCGUCGCCGUCGCCGUCAUCCGCCACCUCCAGGACGGCGACGACGACGAAGGCGAAGGCGACCGUGACGGCGGCGGCGGCGGCGGCGGCGCUGCUGGAGCCCCCCCCGGCGGCGCUGUCCUCCUCGGAGGGCAGCGGAGUGGCGGCCGCAGCCCUGCCGCCAGGCUCUGAGCCAAACCCCGUCGUACCACCACACCACCACUGCACCGCCGCCGCCGCUGUAACCAUCUCGCAGCGACCCUGCGCCACCGCUGGCCGUCCAUCACCUGCUCCCAAGAUCUGGGAGGCGGAGGCGGCAGCGGAGGUGUGCCUGGCGUCGCCGCGGCCGCAUCUGCGGGCGGCACCGGUGCUGGCGGCGGAGACUCGUUCGUACUCCGUCGUGCCGACACGGCGGGGUUUCCCGGAGGCGGAGGCGAUGUGUUUUGGGACGCACCUGAAGUGUUUGGGACCGGAAGCGGCGGCUCGGCCGUCGACUGUACGGCGGCUCUCGGCCGACUGCGGCGGUGGCGGCAGCGGGGCCGCGGGUGCUGCUGCAGCUUCGGCUGUAGCAGUCAAUGCUGUGGCCACUGAGACACACCAAGUGGCUGUAGCAGUCGACAAGCUGGCGGUGGCUGUAGCGGUGCUGGAUGGCAAGAUGGAAAAAUUGCUGGCGCUUCAAGGGCAACAGCAGCAGCAGCUCCGAAACCUACAGGAACAGCUUGUACUGCAGCAGCAGCAAAAUCGUGGGCAAGACUCCACACCUGCCUACUUGCUAGAUCACCCAGGAGCGACGUCAGCGGCCGGUGUACGACACCGCGGCAGUGACGGCGGCGGCCGCCGCGGCGGUGACAUCGAUGUGAAGUGGACGUUGCGGGUGACGCUUGCCGUACUGCUGGCGACGCUUCUGGUGGUGGUGGGUUACUGGGUGAUCCAUCCGUACAGCAGUUUUCGGCCGCACGGCAGCAACAGUGGUGGCGGCGUUGAUGGCGGCGGCGGCGUCGGUGGCGGCAGUACGGCGCCGCAGCCUUUGCCGCUGGUGUCGGUGCUUCGCGUCAACGGCGCCGCGAGCUCCCUGGGGCGCCGCGGCGGCGGCGGUGGGGUGGAGGAGGAGGGUGGCUUUUCCAGCCGCGGGGCGGGUGGACGAGCGCGGCGUGAGCUGCAACUUUACGAAGGCGGUAACGCCCUCGGCGGCGGCGGCGGGGCAGAGAAGGAGAAUGUGGGGCGCAGCUUGGAGCUUCGUGGUGAUGGUAGUGGUGCAGGUUCCACUCGCUACGACCCAAAGCGGCCGCACCGCACAGCACAGCGGGAUCCGCCACCACCGCCGCCACCACCACCGCUACAUCACCGCCCCAACCCCCCAUCGUUCAGCUCCCCCUGCCAGCUGCCUUCUGAGGGGGCGGGGGAUGCAUGA